AAAAAACUCCUCCUCCACCACCCUGCUGCGGUGGCGAGCAACACCGGAGCGCUGGCGGCGUGCUCCUCCUCCUCCUCCGUCCCAACCGAGCUCUCCAUCCCCGUCCACCUCGCCGCCCCCCCUUCCCGCGUCCAACUUUUCCCCAAUCCCCUCCUCGCUAAGCAAACCCCCCCUUACUUAACCACCGUCCCAGCCACAGCCUAACCCUCCCUCCCUUCCCUCCCCUUGCUCUCAGACUAGCUAGUGGACUGCUCACUGCAUCUGCGUGUGCGUGCUUGCUUGCCACCGGGAUUCUUGUUCGGUUGGCUGGCGGCGGGAGGGAUCCGGUGCUUGCGGAUUCUUGUUGGUAGGUCGGCGGCAGAGAAAGGCGGCCCGAGAUUGCUGGGACGCGGUGGGGAAGCAGAGGAGUCCGCCGCCGCCGGUGCGAGGCCGUGGAGGAGCGGCCGUGGUCCGUCUAUGGAACGGGCCGCCCCUGCGGCGACAUGCCCAAGAUUCCGGCGUCGCCUGCCCCUCUGAGGCUACCGCCGCUGCCGGUGGCCGCGACUGCCUGCUGCCUGGUUGUCGCUCUGGACCACCGGCGGAUUGCGGCCGUGCUAUGACGACGACGACGAGUCGGGGCGGGCGUGCUCGCUGGAUGAUGCGGGCGCUCUUCUUCUUCCUCCUCCUCCUGCUCCCCUUCCCCUCACAUGGUCCUCGAGCCGUUCAAGCGUUUGCGGGGGGCUAUGGGAUAAACUACGGGAGAAUAGCAAACAAUAUCCCUUCUCCGGAUAAAGUAGUACAACUCCUGAGAGCUUCAAAGAUAAGAAAUGUCAAGAUAUAUGACGCCGAUCACAGUGUUCUUGAUGCAUUCAAAGGAUCUGGGCUCAAUCUGGUCAUUGCAAUACCCAAUGAACUUGUGAAGGAUUUUGCAGCAAAUGAGAGCAGGUCGAUCGACUGGCUGAAUGAGAAUGUUCAACCCUAUCUUCCUCAGACACGCAUAGUUGGGAUCACUGUGGGAAAUGAGGUGCUGGGAGGUCAAGAUACAAGCUUGGCUGAGCCCCUCGUUCAAGCUGUGAAGAACGUGUAUAAUGGACUCAAGAAAUUCCACUUGGAAGACAAAAUUGAGCUAUUCACACCACACUCAGAAGCUGUUUUUGCUACUUCCUAUCCACCUUCUGCAUGUGUUUUCAAGGAAGAUGUCAUGGUGUAUAUGAAGCCGUUGCUGGACUUCUUUCAACAAAUUGGCUCACCGUUCUAUGUCAACGCAUAUCCAUUUUUGGCAUACAUAAGUGAUCCACAACAUAUUGACAUCAAUUACGCUCUCUUUAAGCCCAAUCCUGGAAUUGUUGAUCCGAAUACUAGUCUUCAUUAUGACAACAUGUUCGAUGCUCAGAUAGAUGCAGCUUAUGCCGCUCUGCAGGCUGCUGGGUAUAAUAACAUGGAGGUCCGAGUAGCAGAGACUGGCUGGGCUUCUAGUGGGGAUCAAACUGAAGCUGGAGCUUCAGUUGAGAAUGCAAGGACUUACAAUUUCAACCUCCGAAAGAGGCUCUUUCUGAGGAAGGGAACUCCUCUCAAGCCAAAGAGGCCAGUCAAAGCAUACAUCUUUGCAUUGUUUAAUGAGAAUUCAAAGCCAGGACCUAGCUCCGAGAGGCACUAUGGGCUGUUCAAUGCUGAUGGAAGAAUUGCAUAUAAUAUUGGUUACGAGGGUCUACUACCUUCAUCUGCACCGAAAAUUCAAGCUGGGAGUUGGAUUGUACACUAUUCAGCUACAGUUAUUUUAUCUGUUUUCAUUUUCUUAGCCUUAGUGACUUGAUUACAGAAUAGAACAUCUGUACUAAAGAUACAAUUGAACUUAAAUUUAGAACGAUGUGAUUGGGAAUUUCACAAUGAAAAAUGAAAUAAUGGCCCCCCUUCGCACCAGUUCUUA